CCCUGUGGUUUGAAGUGAUGAUUGACGUAUUGUCAAAUAAGGUUCACAAUCACAUGUUUUCUGGGUCACAUGUUCAUAUUUUCUAAUUUUCUUUCCAAAACAAAAGUAUAAGUAGCCUAAGUAACAAAUAUUUCUCAAAAAAAUGUUGGUCGCCAAACGUUCCUCAUAUACUUCUUCAAAAAGUAGCAAAUAUUCUUGCAAACUUAAAGAAAUGUUAAGUUCACCUCAUCCAAAGUUAGUAGAUCCCAAAGUUCCAGAUAUUAAGGAUUUUUCUACUGUUCCCCUGAUGAAGCAAAGCGAAAAUGAUGCAUUAUUGCCCAAAUAUAAGUCAAUUCUACAAAGAAAUGUUGAAGAGGGAGUUGCAAUGGAUGAUUUGGAUCAGUUGCAACAAGACCUCGAAAAACUGUUGUGCACUAAUGCCAUAAGAACUCGAUUUUUCUUGGGAGAAUACUCUCAAGCGGAACAAAAGAAUAGUCAUAUAGAAAAGAGAGGCCACGAUAGGGUAUCAUUAAAAAGAAAGCGACCAGAUGAAAAAUUUAACUGCAAGGAUGUGAAAAAAAAUAUUAAAAGAGAUCCAUUUAGAUCAUACAGUGAAAACUCUUACAAGGAGAUACCAAAGAUUACUCUACCGAGAAAUGACAAUUCUGACAAAUUUUUUGCGUCUAUUGAACCGUACUGUGCCCCAGUUAGUAAAGACGAUGUAGUAUUCUUGGAUACACUUAUUCAAGAAUUUUCAAAAACUGUUGACAAAAAUAUACCGGAUAUUGGCGAACAUUAUGCCAGUUCUUGGUCAGAAGAACUUCUUAAUGAAGAACAAAAUGAAAAUGGCUCAAAAGUGACGAAAGUGAAGGCUUCAGAAUCCUCCAAAGUGAAGGUUUCGACCGGCCAUAAAGUUGGAAGUUGUUUAGAUAAGAGAUUGUUAAAGGAGCUGGUUGAACAAGGGCUAUUGUCUAAUGACGAUGUAAAUAAAGAUGAGGCCCCUGACGAUGAAAUUCUAUCAGAAAUUAAGAAAUCCUAUGAAGAAUUGAAUACAGUGAACAAAUUUAAUCUUGAAGAAUUAAAUAAGCUACGCUCAGCAGUUUUGAACGACAUUCACUGCAAUGAGCUCAAAGAUGAUCUAAACAAAAUUGAUAAAGAGGUAUUGGACCUCUAUAACAACAUAAUGCGCGCAAGAUUGCAGGAUGAUGGCAAAGAUUACGAUAAAAUAUUUUCAGAAAAAACUAUUAAUGAGUUCGAAUGCAAAGCAAACGCUUUAUUAAGACAACAACAUGUUUUAAAUCGAGAAAUCAAUAGUAUGGCGGAUAUGUCAAUGCUUUAUUGAUGGUUAAAUUCAAUAUAAUCAGAUUCUUGACUGAUACCACCCACCCUUGGGGACGGUACAUUUAUAGAAUCUGGUUAUAUUGAACAGAUCUUAAUGAUAAGCAGGGGCGGUUCCUCAAUAAGUAUUAAUUGAUAGAACCUUUGACGCCUGCAGAAUUUUUUCUCUGCGGUGGUCGGUUUGCUUUAUUUCCAUUUUUAUUAACAAUAUUUUAAAUUAUGAUAUAUAAAAAUAUGCUCCCAAAACAUUUUUACUAGUUUAUAUAAAUGUGCACUACCAAAGUUUUAUUCCAAUUAUUCCUGCCGCAUGUAAGUUUUUUUGACUAGUGAGAAAGCAGGUUUUUUUUCUUGUAAUACUGUGUAGAAAGUUAUAUAAAUGUAAGUUGAAUCGCGGUUAUACUACAAGAUUUUUCUAGUUGUUUAAUUUGAUAUAGGUAUUAGGUAAUAUAUUUGAAAUGAGAAAAACAUUUAUGUGAAGGAAAACACGUUUUUGACAUUAUACUUAUUAUUUAAGUAAGCAAUAUAAAAUGUAAAUAACUGAGA